UUUGUAUAUCCGUCAGUGCUGCCAACAACAAACAAAUGUCACCGAAAAUCUAGUUUCCUUCUUUCUUUAUUUCCGUUGUGUAGUGAUCGUACAACACAUAAUGACUUGCAAGAGGCGUAAUGGAGGACGUUCCAAACACGGACGCGGACACGUAAAACCUGUCCGUUGUACCAAUUGUGCCCGUUGCGUCCCAAAGGAUAAAGCUAUCAAAAAAUUCGUUAUCCGUAACAUUGUCGAAGCUGCUGCUGUAAGAGAUAUUACUGAAGCUUCAGUAUAUACUCAAUACGUUCUCCCCAAAUUGUAUGCCAAGCUUCACUACUGUGUGUCCUGUGCUAUUCACAGCAAAGUAGUUCGUAACAGGAGCAAGAAGGACAGAAGAAUCAGGACUCCACCACAACGUAACUUCCCAGGACGUGACGCUAACAGAAACCAACAACAGCAGAGAAAGUAAAUGUUACUUUAUGUAUCUUUUAAGUAAUAAAAAAAAUACUUUAUACA